UAUUGAUGUAGCUGGAUGUUACGGCAUAACAGAAUGAGACAGGCUGGCUUUCAAGUGUCUUACGCGCACUCAAAGCGAACAAAGUGUACCUUCGGAUUAAAAAGCAUGCUCGGGAACGGAGGAAAAAUGCAGCCGCAUUGCUUGUAUUGUUUUUCAAAGUAACUGGGCUGAACGCUUCAGAGAACCUCCGAAAACAGGGGAAGAUAAAGGUGGUGUAGUGUGGGUGGUACCAUGUGAAUGAUGAGUAUGAUGAAGCCUACACGCAAGCUGCUGUUUGUCUUGUGUCCCAUGCUGGUCCUGGGAUUCAUUUACUACUCCUCGGGGAAGCUGCACCUGCACGUUUGGGGCCAGAAGCCAGAGCCUGUGGUGGAUACGCUACUCACCGUGGGACGAAUAGUAGGCUCAGAGCUAGCCGCAGAAGCGCAGCCCUGUCUUCGUAAGAGCCGGGGAACAGUGAAUCCUCCGACUCUCGGCCCAGAUUGCAGGCAAGAAGAGUAUGUUGGGAGGGCCACUUCCAUCCAGAAAUCAUCUGUCAUGAGUGACGGAAGGAAAAUUGUCCGUACUAAAAAUGUGUAUGAUAAACAGGGAUUCUUGCUGAAACUGGACGGAAAGCUGCCGCCGGAGCUCGUGUACAAGUACGGCAAUCUCAGCGAGGGAGCCUGCAAGCCCGGCUACGCGGCCGCCAAGAUGACCGCCAUCUAUCCAAAGUUCAUGAAGCCGGCCCCCAUGUUUCUGGACCGGAACUUUAAACGGCUUGGGAAAGUCAGCAAUUACAUGCCUCCCUUUGGAUUCAAAACACAAGAAAGGAUCAUCGACACUAUUUUAAGCGCUACAAAGAACUUUGGGCUGGGCCCCGAACUGGACAGUUUGAGUUGUAAAAAGUGCAUUAUUGUGGGCAACGGUGGUAUCCUCGCCAACAAGUCGUUGGGGUCCCGCAUCGACGAGUACGACGUUGUUGUAAGGUUGAACGAGGCCCCAGUGAGCGGCUUUGGGAAGGACGUGGGGACCAAGACCACCAUCCGCAUCACCUACCCCGAGGGGGCGAUCCAGAAGCCAGAGCGUUACGAGAAGGACUCGCUCUUCGUCUUCUCUGCCUUCAAACCCCAGGACUUCAAGUGGCUGCGCCAGAUGGUGUUUAAAGAAAAGCUGCGGGGCACAGAGGGCUUCUGGAAGUCGGUGGCGCAACACGUACCCAGGGAGCCCUCGGAGAUGCGCAUCCUGAACCCCUACUUCAUCCAGGAAGCCGCCUUCCAGUUCAUCGGCCUACCGCUCAACAACGGCCUUAUGGGGAAGGGGAACAUUCCAACGCUGGGGACUGUUGCCAUAACGAUGGCCCUCCAUAACUGUGAUGAGGUGGCCGUGGCUGGAUUCGGGUAUGACAUGAACACCCCGCACGCGCCCCUGCACUACUACGAGACGGUCAAGAUGUCCGCCAUCAAGGAGUCUUGGACCCACAACAUUUCAAAAGAGAAGGAGUUUCUCCGCAAGCUGGUGAAGGCCAAUGUCAUCACAGACUUAACCCACGGGAUCUGAGGCUGCAUGGGAUGCCUAUCCCAGUGAACUCCUGGGCAGGGAGAGAGCUGGGAGACGGACACAGGGCGGCAGAGAGCGCAGGAGCUCGCCGGCCCGCCCCUCUCUGCUCCAGAGCCUAGCCCCCUACCGCCUUCCCGGGAGGUGGGAAGGCCGGCCCCCGGGGGAGACAGGCCCGCCCCUCCUGACCAAUAGGCUCCUGCGUUUGGUUGCGGGAGUUGAAUUUCCUUCUUGCAGUAUGUGAACGGUACUAAGGAAGAAACGAAGAUGGAGGGGG